GAGCAUCACGUACCACAGUUGGUUGACUUUUGUCCUCCUGCUGUGGUCCUGCAUUUUGUGGAUGAUGCCGAACUCUCGUCAAGCAUGUUUACGUUCGUCGCCUUUUCUCGUUCUGUAUGCCGAGGCCUUACUCGUCAUGCAGUACAUAUACGGACUCGAUCUCAAUGACUCCGAGUUGCCAGAUAAGAUUGAAACAGUUAACCUAGCACAGAUUGGACUAGUGAAGUACUACAAUCUUUCGUACCAACCUCUGCUUGUCAAAAUACUAUACACUGUCAUGUUCUGGGUGACACUUCGUCAGUACGUGGAAGAAAAACGACAGGAAGCUAAUAGAGAUAUAGCUGAAGGAGUGAUGAUGGAACCAUUUAAUAUUUCGUACAGUACAUCUCAACCAGGUGUACCUAGACCAG